AUGGAUUAUUCUGAUCAAGAGUUAUCCGAUAAUGACGGCGAAUUUGCUUUCGAGACUGAUCACUUAGCUAUCCGAGGAAACAAGGAUUACUGUGACUUAUUAAAAUAUAUUGUGCAACUGGAAGCUCAGAAGGUACAAGCACUCAAAGAUAUUGAAGAACUCGCAUUUACAAAAUCCAAAGCUCUGAAGGAUCCAUUGAAUUUUGUUCAAGACAUUAAAUCUGGUAAUAUAAAGUUUCCUUCUCGACAAACCAUUGCAGAUCUGCCUGACAUUGAAUGGGAUAAGUACGGCAUUGAUGUUACCAUCGGGAAUAAUUCCAAAUCAAGCAAGGAAGAAUUAGAGUCUAGUAUGAAAGUAAGGGGCCGGAUGUUCACUGAUAAUAAGCCUGAGACUUUCAAUCAGCUGUGGUCAUGUGAGGAACAAAAGAGACUUGAAGAAUUAUUAGAAAUAUUCCCUGAAGAAGCCGUAGAAUCAAGAAGAUGUAAAAAAAUUGCUGACGCUUUAGGCACUCGCACACCAGUGCAAGUAAUGAGCCGAAUUCAAAAAUAUUUCACUAAAUUAGCUAAAGCUGGUCUACCUAUACCGGGCAGAGCACCUAAAGGAGUGUAUAAAGACAAAUAUAGGGAUAAGAGUUCAUUUUAUAAGAAAUCUACAUUCUUUCCUCAACUCCAUGUUCCUGUGAAAAUGGACGAUCCUCACAACAAUAGUGAUAGUAUGGAUAGCGCAUUAUUCUCGGAAACAACAAACGGUAAUAAGAAUAUGUUAGAGUUGCUCAAAGCAGCCAAGGAACAACGACAGCUAGAUGAAACUUCUCCGGUGUAUCAAACAAAUACUAUGUGUGUCGGAUGUCAGAAAACAGGAUUUCUGGGUGCAAGGUGGACGGAUAAUGCCGGCACAGACUUUUGUACUGACUGUGUAGUGAAGCUACUACCCAUAGAAAAAUUGAUUCCAGUUCGAUAA